AUGAAUGAAAGAAGAAAGCAAGAGGGAUAUCCUUUAAAGUGGUUCAAAGCAAUUCUGAAAGCAAAUUGUUAUCACAAGGAAGGGCAUCAAGCUCCUUGUGCUUAUGGGGGCAAUACUUAUAUGAUGAUGUUUGGAAUUGUUCAAAUUGUAAUGUCAUUCAUACCAGACCUCCAUAACAUGGUAUGGGUCUCAGUUUGUGCAGCAGUUAUGUCCUUUGCAUACUCCUUCAUUGGACUAGGACUUGGCUUGGCAAAGGUUAUAGAAAAUGGAAGAAUUAUGGGGAGCAUAACAGGAAUACCAGCUACUAACAGUGCUAACAAGUUAUGGUUAGUCUUCCAAGCACUUGGUGACAUUGCUUUUGCUUAUCCAUAUGCUUUGCUCCUUCUUGAGAUACAGGACACUCUGAAGUCUACUCCACCAGAAAAUCAAACCAUGAAAAAGGCUUCCAUGGUUGCAAUCAUUGUGAUAACAUUCUUCUACCUAGCUUGUGGAUGCCUUGGAUAUGGAGCUUUUAGAAAUGGUACACCAGGGAACAUCUUGACAGGGUUUGGGUUUUAUGAGCCUUAUUGGCUUGUUGCCUUUGCUAAUGCUUGCAUUAUUCUUCAUUAUGCUAAUGCUUUAAUGUCACACUUGUGGUUCUAGCGGNAUC